AUGUGUUUCGUAUACGGUUUCCAAAAGGCAGAACUGUGCUUGAACGCAGCAGUGCCUGAAGCUAACGCUAGCUUUCCCUUCAGUGCUAUGAGUUAAGCAAGACUGAAGUGCUGGGAAUGCAGCCACCGCUGCCACCUGAAGCAGUCAGAGAGCUGGUGUGCUCUUGCCUGCAAAGAGACCCCGUAGCAGCAGACCUGCGAUGCAGCCUCUUCGUUGCUGCCACUCAGAACUACAAGAGAGACUCUUUGCUCAGACCAUUCCCUCCUCGUUACUUAAGUGGUGACAAUAAGGAGUUUGAGGAGUUGCUGGCAGAUGUGAACUCGUUGCCUGGUGUGAGAGAGCUGGUGAGACUACGACCUGGAGAAGCAGAUCAUCAUUUGGCCCUCGCACACUGGAUUCUGUCUUCAAAGAGCUUUGCUGUAAAGACACUACAGAAGGAAGAGUACGCCAAACUCUGCAGCCUGACGGAAAAUGAAGGGAUGUCUGCACCCGUGCCAGACUUCCUCUUUGAGCUGGAGUACUCUGAUCAGAUGAACGCCAGGUUUGAGAGGACGAGGGAAGGACGAGAUGUUUUCUAUGCUUUCCACGGGAGCCGCUUGGAGAACUUUCAUUCGAUCAUUCACAACGGCCUGCACUGUCACCUCAACAAGAACUCUGUGUUUGGAGAGGGGACCUACCUCACUAGUGACCUCAGUAUGGCUGUCCUUUACAGUCCCCACAGCAGCGGCUGGAGAGAAAGCAUUCUAGGUCCACUGCUGAGCUGUGUCGCCUUGUGUGAAGUCAUUGAUCAUCCAGAUGUUAAAUGCCAGGUGAAGAAAAAAGAUUCUGAAGUUGUAGACCGCCAGCGCUCGAGGGCAAAGAACAGUGAAGGAGGGGAUGUACCACAUAAAUACUUUGUAGUCACCAAUAAUCAGCUUUUACGAGUCAAGUACCUGCUUGUUUACUCUCAGCAGAGGCACCUGUCCAGACAUUCCCGCAGCCGCUCGUGGCUCCUCAGACACCAUUUUGCCAUCAUGAUGAGUCUCUACCUUCUGCUGCUCAUAUUCAUCGGUGCCUUAAACUCCAACACCUUUGUAUCCUUUUGGAACAGACUAUUCAGGUGAAACGACAACAGGACACAUGGCAUGGAUGUUUCUAAUCCACAGUGCCUUCCUGCCAAGAUGUUGGCUGAAGGCAUGAGAAAAAAAGUUUUAUGCACCUUUCUACUGUUUUCUCUUAUAGUUCUUUGCUUUGUUUGCAAUAUGUAAUGUAAUAUAGUCAUCAUUACUGUAAAUGCAAGAUAACAUAUCGUUUCAGAUGGGAAUCUUGUUAUGUAUUGAUUUUAAUGAAAUCUGUAAGAAGAUCUUUGUUGAUUUUAAGACAAUUGCAGUGUUCCUCCUUGAGUUUGAAUGAUUCAGUAAAUAAUCAGUUUUAUAGUUAAUCUCUGUUACUGUGUUGUUUCAGUCCUCCGAGGACACAAUUUUACCAGCCAAAGGGAAACAAUGGAAAUCAUCCUGCUUAAGUAAUCGGUGUGUUUUGGUUUUCUCUUUCUGGUUUGAUGUGCAGCGAAUUCCUCGUUAACUGAGCCAUUAUUAUCACUAAUCAGUUUUUCUGGCCUUAAUGAUAAACUGAAAUUCCACUUUUAAAUUCUUAAGAUUGUCAUUGUCUGUAUUUUGGAAAUUAAUAAAUUGGGAUGUUUUUAAAUCUUUUGUUUUCAAGUGUAGAUCAAAUAUAGUGGUUUUUAUUUUAAUGUAUACAUUCGGUUUUGGGGACUGCGGCGUUGUAGUAUGGAUCAGUAGAUAAUCUGGGUUGUCAUUGCCCACAUGAACUGUGUAAUGGUCUUUAUGAUUUGCUUCCAUGGAGCCAAACGUUCUAGUACAUUUUUUAAAGUGGUCUUGAAGAACAGUUAUCCCAUCUUUCUGAAGGUCUUUCAAAGUUUCUCUUUGGGCAUUUGCUACUUUUUCUCUUAUUUUCAGUCCAAUCCUUGUACCUGACCAUUUUCAGAGGGAUGUUUUCUCUUUUUUGUGGGGGUGGGGGGUGUUCUAAAACCACUUAACACUGAUCUCUGAAUCAUUAAAACAUAAAAAAGGUACCUAACUCGUGGAAUGACAGUUUCAUGUCUACAGUAGCUAAAAACUUGGAAUCUUUCGAUAUAUGUUCUUAAAAAUUUGAGGAAACUGGAGAUGUGGAUGACAAAAGAAGAAGUGGCAGACCUAAAAAAAAAACCAAAAAACCCUCUAAUGCAGAUGAACAGUAUCUGGGAGUCAUGUCCUUAAGAAAUAUGAAACAAUUCCAGCAAAGACCAGACACAGGACCUGAGAGAUGCAACUGGCCCUUCAGCUGAUCGAUCUACUGUUCAUUGAAGUCUGAUCAGAAAUACUCUCAGUGGAAGGUUGGCUGUCAUGAGGCCAUUCUGAAGGAAGGAAAAUGGAGACGUUAAAUUUCACAAGAGGUGGACUGAAAAUCAGCGGCUUGGUUCAAAUCAUUGUCAGUAUGUAUGGAGGUCAGUAGAAAGGUACAACCGUGAGUUUCAGCUAUCUGUAAAACACGGCAGAGGCUCUGUCACGGCUGCAUUUCACCCAGUGUUGUUGGAGGUCUUGUCAAAAUUUCUUAAAUUGAAACCAGAUUUGAUCCAC